AUGAAGGACACCAUCAAACUGUGCAUCGACGCACUCAAAGACGAGCUGCACAGCCUGAGCCAGGACAUCUGGAGCCAUCCCGAACUCGCUGGUGACGAGAAGUUUGCACACGACAGGUUGGUCGACUUCUUCUCCCAGACGGACCAGGCGUGGACCGUCCAGAGUAACUACAAGCUGCCCACCGCCUUCCGGGCCACCUGGGGCCCUGUAGGCUGUUGGAAGGGGAAGCCUGUGUUGAACGUGGCGUUCCUGUGCGAGUACGACGCGCUGCCAAACAUCGGACACGCAUGUGGACACAACCUGAUCGCAGAGGUUGGAGCUGCGGCCGCCGUGGGGCUGAAAGCUGCAUUAGAACAUCGGACUGAUCUACCUGCACCGAUAACUGUUCUGGGAACUCCUGCGGAGGAGGCGAUCGGAGGAAAGACUAAGCUGCUGGAGGCGGAGGCCUUCGCCGACAUCGAUCUCGUCUUCAUGGCUCAUCCGGGUCAGCGGGACGUCUCGUUCCAGCCGAGUGUCACCGUCACUGGGUUGACGGUGAAGUACCACGGGAAGGCAUCUCACGCCUCGGCCUACCCCUGGAAAGGAGUGAACGCCCUGGACGCUGCCGUGCUGGCCUACAACAACCUCUCUGUGCUCCGACAGCAGCUCAGACCAGAAUGGAAGCUUCACGGCAUCAUUAAAAAUGGAGGCUUGAAGCCCAACAUCGUCCCUGACUUCACUGAGCUGGCCUUCUGUUUUCGCACUCCAAGCAUUAAGGACAUUAGUGAGCUGAGGGCCAAAGCUGAGGCUUGUUUCACAGCCGCUGCUGUAGCAACCGGUUGCCAGGUGGAGAUCAUCUACCCCAACCAUUCCUACUACAACAUUCUGCCCAAUGCCACACUGGCACAGCUGUACAAAACAAACGGAGAAGCUCUGGGGAUUCAGUUUGCGGAGCCUGUAGCGCACGUGGCUGCUUCUACGGACUUUGGCAACGUGUCCUUCGCAGUGCCUGGCAUCCACCCCAUCUUCUACAUCAGCACCGACGCAUUCAACCACACAAAGGAAUACACCGAAGCAGCAGGAGCUGAAAAGGCCCAGUUGUACACCCUGAGGGCGGCCAAGGCGUUGGCGAUGACAGCUGCCGAUGUCGUGUGCAGCCCCGAUCUGCUGAGGCGAGUGAGGGAGGACUUCAGCCUGGCCAAGCAGGAGGAGCAGGAGGCGUGA